GUGGUUGUCUGUUUGAUGAGCCUUACAACACAUGUGGAUACAGUCAAGCUGAAGAUGAUGACUUUAAUUGGGAGCAAGUGAACACUUUAACCAAACCACCUUCUGAUCCAUGGAUGCCUUCAGGCUCUUUCAUGUUGGUGAACACAUCUGGUAGACCAGAGGGGCAGAAAGCACACCUCCUCUUACCUCAGCUUAAAGAAAAUGACACCCACUGCAUUGAUUUUCACUAUUUUGUAUCCAGCAAAAGCAAUUCUGCUCCUGGAUUACUUAAUGUCUAUGUAAAGGUCAACAAUGGACCUUUGGGAAAUCCCAUCUGGAAUAUAUCUGGAGACCCAACGCGCACAUGGAACAGGGCAGAACUCGCAAUUAGUACUUUUUGGCCUAAUUUUUAUCAGGUGAAUUUUGAAGUAAUCACAUCUGGACAUCAAGGCUACCUAGCUAUUGAUGAAGUGAAGGUGUUAGGACAUCCAUGCACUAGAACUCCUCAUUUUCUACGGAUUCAGAAUGUGGAAGUGAAUGCUGGCCAGUUUGCCACCUUCCAGUGCAGUGCCAUUGGCAGGACUGUGGCUGGAGACAGGCUCUGGUUGCAGGGCAUUGACGUACGAGAUGCCCCUCUGAAGGAAAUAAAGGUGACUAGUCCUCGGCGAUUCGUAGCUUCAUUUAAUGUUGUGAAUACAACAAAACGAGAUGCGGGGAAGUACCGCUGCAUGAUUCGUACCGAAGGAGGUGUUGGAAUAUCAAACUAUGCAGAAUUGGUAGUCAAAGAACCACCUGUUCCUAUUGCUCCACCUCAGCUUGCUUCAGUGGGAGCAACCUACCUGUGGAUACAACUCAAUGCCAACUCCAUAAAUGGGGAUGGGCCUAUCGUUGCAAGAGAAGUAGAAUAUUGCACUGCCAGUGGAAGCUGGAGCGACCGGCAACCAGUGGAUUCUACAAGUUACAAGAUUGGGCACCUUGAUCCAGACACUGAAUAUGAGAUUAGUGUGCUUCUCACCAGGCCUGGUGAAGGUGGCACUGGGUCUCCUGGCCCAGCUCUUAGAACACGAACAAAGUGUGCUGAUCCCAUGCGUGGCCCAAGAAAACUGGAAGUUGUAGAGGUCAAAUCUCGACAAAUCACUAUCCGCUGGGAGCCAUUUGGGUAUAAUGUAACUCGUUGCCAUAGUUACAAUCUCACAGUCCACUAUUGUUACCAAGUUGGAGGACAGGAACAGGUUCGAGAUGAAGUAAGCUGGGAUACUGACAAUUCACACCCUCAACACACGAUCACUAAUCUGUCUCCGUAUACCAAUGUUAGUGUGAGACUCAUCCUCAUGAAUCCUGAGGGACGGAAGGAAAGUCAAGAACUCAUAGUCCAGACAGAUGAAGAUCUCCCAGGAGCUGUUCCUACAGAAUCUAUCCAAGGAAGUACUUUUGAAGAGAAGAUAUUUCUUCAAUGGCGAGAACCAACUCAGACAUAUGGAGUAAUCACUUUAUAUGAGAUCACCUACAGAGCUGUCAGUUCCUUUGAUCCAGAAAUUGAUUUAUCCAAUCAAAGUGGAAGAGUUUCAAAACUCGGCAAUGAAACACAUUUUUUGUUUUUCGGACUAUAUCCAGGGACCACAUACUCCUUUACCAUCCGGGCCAGCACAGCUAAGGGUUUUGGACCUCCAGCAACAAGCCAGUUCACCACCAAAAUAUCAGCACCUUCUAUGCCAGUGUAUGAACUUGAGACACCUCUGAAUCAAACUGACAUUACGGUGACAGUCUUGUUGAAACCAGCGCAGAGCAGAGGUGCUCCUGUCAGCGUCUAUCAAAUAGUUGUUGAAGAAGAACGUCCUCGAAGAACUAAAAAGACAACGGAAAUCUUGAAGUGCUACCCUGUGCCGAUCCACUUUCAGAAUGCGUCCCUCCUGAACUCACAGUAUUACUUUGCUGCAGAAUUUCCAGCAAAUAGCCUCCAAGCCUCCCAGCCUUUUACUAUUGGUGAUAAUAAGACAUAUAAUGGAUACUGGAACACACCUCUGCUUCCCCACAAAAGCUACAGAAUUUAUUUCCAAGCUGCCAGCAGAGCCAAUGGGGAAACUAAAAUAGACUGUGUCCGAGUGGCCACAAAAGCUGCGAUAAUCGUGACUCAGCUUACAACACCAUACAUUCGCAUCGCCCCUGCCGCAGGCGACGACCAACUACCAGGAGCUGCCACUCCAAAGCCAGCCCCAGAGCCUGAGAAACAAACAGACCACACAGUGAAGAUUGCCGGAGUCAUUGCUGGCAUCUUGCUCUUUGUUAUUAUAUUUCUUGGAGUUGUGUUGGUAAUGAAGAAAAGGAAACUCGCCAAGAAGCACAAGGAGACAAUGAGCAGCACCAGGCAGGAGAUGACUGUGAUGGUGAACUCCAUGGACAAGAGCUACGCGGAGCAUGGCACCAGCUGCGAUGAGGCCUUCUCCUUCAUGGACACACACAACCUGAAUGGGAGGUCUGUGUCUUCACCUUCCUCCUUUACAAUGAAAACAAACACACUGAGCACAUCGGUGCCUAAUUCCUAUUACCCAGAUCCAUUUGUGCCAACUGCAAUUUUAGUGCCAAUAAAUGAUGAAACCCACACGAUGGCCAGCGACACCAGCAGCGUGGUGCAGUCACACACUUACAAGAAGCGCGAGCCCACCGACGUGCCCUAUCAGACGGGGCAGCUGCACCCGGCCAUCCGCGUGGCAGACCUGCUGCAGCACAUCACCCAGAUGAAAUGUGCGGAAGGCUACGGCUUCAAGGAGGAAUAUGAGAGCUUCUUUGAAGGGCAGUCUGCACCAUGGGACUCCGCUAAGAAAGAUGAGAACAGAAUGAAGAACAGAUAUGGGAAUAUCAUUGCUUAUGAUCAUUCCCGGGUGAGACUGCAGACAAUAGAAGGAGACACCAACUCAGACUAUAUCAAUGGGAAUUAUAUUGACGGUUAUCAUCGACCCAAUCAUUAUAUUGCUACCCAAGGACCAAUGCAAGAGACCAUCUACGAUUUCUGGAGGAUGGUGUGGCAUGAAAACACUGCAAGCAUAAUUAUGGUGACCAAUCUUGUGGAAGUUGGAAGAGUCAAAUGCUGCAAAUACUGGCCAGAUGAUACCGAGAUAUAUAAAGACAUUAAAGUUACCCUGAUAGAAACAGAGCUACUAGCAGAAUAUGUGAUGAGAACAUUUGCUGUUGAAAAGAGAGGUGUUCAUGAAAUCCGGGAGAUCAGACAGUUUCACUUCACCGGCUGGCCUGAUCACGGGGUCCCAUACCACGCUACAGGGCUGCUGGGGUUCGUCCGGCAGGUCAAGUCCAAGAGCCCACCUAAUUCAGGCCCGUUGGUGGUCCACUGCAGUGCCGGUGCCGGGCGGACUGGCUGUUUCAUCGUCAUCGAUAUCAUGUUGGACAUGGCGGAGAGAGAAGGCGUGGUGGACAUCUAUAACUGCGUCAGGGAGCUGCGUUCACGAAGGGUGAACAUGGUGCAGACAGAGGAGCAGUAUGUGUUCAUCCACGAUGCAAUCUUGGAAGCCUGCCUUUGUGGAGACACCUCUGUCCCUGCUUCCCAAGUUAGGUCUCUAUAUUACGAUAUGAACAAACUGGACCCUCAGACAAAUUCAAGCCAAAUUAAAGAAGAAUUCCGGACCCUAAACAUGGUGACGCCAACGCUGCGUGUGGAAGACUGUAGUAUUGCACUUCUGCCGAGGAACCAUGAGAAGAAUCGCUGCAUGGACAUCCUGCCCCCAGACCGGUGCCUGCCCUUCCUCAUCACAAUCGACGGGGAGAGCAGCAACUACAUAAAUGCCGCCCUCAUGGAUAGCUAUAAACAGCCAUCAGCUUUCAUAGUCACCCAGCAUCCUUUGCCAAACACAGUCAAAGACUUCUGGAGGCUGGUCCUGGAUUACCACUGCACAUCUGUAGUUAUGCUAAAUGAUGUGGAUCCUGCCCAGUUGUGUCCCCAGUACUGGCCAGAAAACGGUGUGCACAGGCAUGGCCCCCUCCAAGUGGAGUUUGUGUCUGCCGAUUUAGAAGAGGACAUCAUCAGCAGGAUAUUCCGCAUCUACAAUGCAGCCCGACCCCAAGACGGGUAUCGGAUGGUGCAGCAGUUCCAGUUCCUGGGCUGGCCAAUGUACCGGGAUACCCCAGUGUCCAAGCGGUCCUUCCUGAAGCUCAUCCGCCAGGUGGACAAGUGGCAGGAGGAAUACAAUGGUGGAGAAGGCCGCACCGUGGUGCACUGCCUAAACGGAGGGGGCCGCAGCGGGACGUUCUGUGCAAUCAGCAUUGUCUGUGAGAUGCUGCGGCACCAGAGGGCGGUCGACGUCUUCCAUGCAGUGAAGACACUGAGGAACAAUAAGCCCAACAUGGUGGAUCUUCUGGAUCAGUACAAGUUCUGCUAUGAGGUGGCUCUGGAAGACUUGAAUUCUGGCUGACUGCGUCAACAGUUCUACAAGCAAACCCUCUGCUGCAAAACCAAGACUCUCCUUGCUGGUUGUCUGCAUAAAACAAAGACUCCUCAAUAUGCUUAUUUUGCUUUACAUACCUGGCUCUUUUAAGAGCCCAAGAAAGUGUCUAUAAAACUGCCUGCACUGCCCAGUUCCCAUGGUAACACUGCCACCUGCAGGACCUCACCCAGCACUGCAGUGGUCAGCACAGCUGGUCAAUCGUAGAGCACAACUAUAUUCUUAUGAAGGAAUUUGUACCUUUGGGGUAUUAUUUUGUGGCCCGUGACCCUUUGUUAUUGUUACAGCUGAGUGUACAUUUUUGUUCUGUGGAGAAUGCUACCUGGAAUUAUGAUAAUAUAUUAUUUUAGUUAAUAUUUGUAUUUUAACAUAUUGCAUAAUAUAAGCUUAUGUACCUUUCUAGGACUAACAGAUAAACACAUACUGAAUAAAGAUGCAUUGUAUGAGUUGUUCUUUCUAUCAGAUUUCUAUUGUUUCCAAGGGAAAGGCUUGGAAGAAAUUCAGUUCAAAAUUGCAAAACUCGAAGAUCAGAUUCCAAGAUCUAAAGCUUUUCCAUUUGUUUAUACUGUAAAUAUUUUUGAUUUCAUCAAAUUAUUUAUUCAUUAAAAGAAAAUUUUGUGAA